CAAAGUCAACACUUAGUAUUAAUUGUGAAUUUGAAUUGGAACAACGUGUUAAAAAAAUGUGGAAACAAGUUUUUUUCUUAACUUUAGUUUUAAUUUCUAUUGUUAGUUCAGAAAUUGUUGAUCUAUCAGAACUGUCGCACUUUAAAGAUGUAAAUGAACAACCACACAGACAAGAAGUUUUACGUAAACUUUAUGAAGCACCUGAUGACUCACCAGGAAAGGUUCCAUUCAUUAUUGGUGGAAGUUUUGCAACUCGAGGUCAAAUUCCACAUCAAGUGACGCUUUAUGUGAUUGUUGAAGGAGACUCUGGUUGGCUGUGUGGUGGAUCGUUUAUUAAUGACACAUGGGUGUUGACGGCAGCACAUUGUGUCUAUGGAGAAUAUCAGUACAUCAUAGUUAUUGGAGGACAUGUGGAUUUGAAUUCACAAACUUAUUCUUAUCGUCAAACUGUUACCGACAAGAAGAAUAUUUAUGUAUAUAGUAGCUAUAAUGAUGACACUUUACGAGAUGAUAUUGCGAUGAUCAAACUGCCAGUAGCAAUUCCUAAAUCUGAUUCCAGUAUUGGACUUAUUGCAUUGCCAAAGAAUUACACAACAGAAAGAUUUGUUGGAGCAAAUGGAACAGUGUCAGGAUUUGGACGAUACUCAGAUUCAAUUACAGCAACAUCUCCAAAUUUGAAAUAUGUCGUCUUACCAAUCAUAACAAAUGUAGAAUGUGCUUCAUACUAUAUUAAAGAUACUGUUGCAGAUACAAACAUUUGUGGAGGCACAACACCUAUUGCUAGUUCAUGUAGCGGUGACUCAGGUGGUCCAUUCACAGUCAAUGUCAACAAUUCAACAAUCAUUGUCGGUGUUGUGUCGUUUGGUGCUGAAAGAGGAUGCCAACUUGGAUAUCCAGCUGGAUUUACAAGAGUAACAAGUUAUCUUAAAUGGAUUGAUUCGGUUAUGAAUGCUUCACCUAAAGCGCUAGUAAUUAAUAUUGUAUUUAUUUUUACUGCCCAAAUUGCAUUGAUUGUUUGGAAUUUUUGAUAAAAGAGUGAAUAAAAACGACAUUGAUGUUUAAUGGCUUGAUAAAGU